AAACCCUUGGGGUGCCUGGGUGGCUCAGUCGGUUGAGCGGCCAACUUCGGCUCAGGUCAUGAUCUCGCGGUCCGUGAGUUCGAGCCCUGCGUCGGGCUCUGUGCUGACAGCUCAGAGCCUGGAGCCUGUUUUGGAUUCUGUGUCUCCCUCUCUCUGACCCUCCCCUGUUCAUGCUCUGUCUCUCCCUGUCUCAAAAAUAAAUAAAAACGUUAAAAAAAAUAAAAAAAAAACCCCAAAUCCUUUCCCCUUUACUCUUGUGGCUGGUACUCUUGGGGGCAGACCCCCUGUUGCUGCCCUCCAGCUGCAGCCAUCCUUUCUCUGCAGUGCCUACUAGAUGUGCACCUCUAUCCAGGCAGGGGACUGGAGCUCCAGACCUGUAUCUCCUGCACAUCCACCCUGGAUGGCCCGAGGGACCUCCCACUCGGCCUCCAGAGUCCCAACUCCUGGGCCCUUCCGUGCCCCUCUGCUCCUCCUCCCGUGUUCCCAGCUCUGCAGAUGGCCUCAACAACCUGCACCUGGCUCAGGCCCCAAACCCAGCUUGAGCAAGGGAACUAGCAAGCGCCACUGCUGCCUGUGUUACUGCCCCAGCGUCCUUGGGGAAGCUUGGGAAAGUGUAAACUUUUACAUUUGAAAGCACUGGUCUGCCCUUCCUUCUACUUGGAAUGUCUUAAUUUCUACCCCACCCACCCACUCCAAAAGGCCUCGAUCCUUACUUUAUUUUUCCAGUGCACACAUCUGGUCAUUUUACCAUUGAAACUCUCUCUCUUUCUCUCUCUUUUUUUCCUAAGAAUUUUUUUUAAUGUUUAUAUAUUUGUUUAUUUUGAGAGAGAGAGUGCACGUCCAAACACAUGGGUCCAGAGGAGGGGCAGAGAGAGGGAGACAGAGGUUCCAAGGUGGGCUCCACACUGACAGCAGAGAGCCCAACAUGGGGCAGCAGAGAGCCUGUUGUAGGGCUUGAACUCAAGACCAGCGAGAUCAUUACCUGAGAUGAAGUCAAAGCUUAAUGGACUGAACCACCCAGGCGCCCUCUGGUUUAAACUCUCUUGAUGUCUCUUAGCCUCUGUGACAUGACAUCAGAGGGCUCGGGCUUCCCUUGCAGCAUUUUCUUCUGCUCCCUGUGGUCCCUUCAAUGGCCUGUUCACCAUUUCCCCCUUUUCUUUGGAAGGCUGAAUGGGUGCUCUCUGCCUCGGGAUCCCUUACCUGCCAUGUGGCCUUCUGUUUUCAGCUCUGUGGCUGCUUCCCUGCAAAGCCUUGCCCGGUCUACACCAUCAUGAGGACUGUCUACAGAGCAUUUCUCCUCUCCCAACUCCCCCUCCCUUGUGUCUGACCAGAGUCUGGCAGGGUUUCCCAAGUGGUAUGCACCUAGAAGGACAGAAUGAUUAAAGUACGUGGUUAGGAACAUUUACUUCAGAGCCAGACUGCUUGGAUUCUAAUCCCAGCUCCACCAAGGGCAAGGUACUUACCCUUUAGGUGCCUUGGUUUUCUCAUCUGUAAGGCUGGUAUUAUAAGAUAGUGGUGGGGGGAAAAAAAAACAGUGGUGAGAUUUAAAUGAGUUAAUACUUGUAGAGCAGUUUAGAACCAUGCCUACCUUAUAGCAAGAACUUAAAUAUUAGCUAUUAGCUUUAGUUUCAGUGAUGUGGCUUGGGCUUAUUAAGAAGUCACAUCCUGCUUGGGGUGCCUGGGUGGCUCAGUUGGUUGAGUGUCCUACCCUUGAUUUUGGCUCAGGUCAUGAUCCCAGGGGUCGUGGCAUCGAGGUUCUCUCUCUUCCUCUUCUUCUCCUCCUCUCCCUUGCUCAUGCACUUUCUCUCUCUCUAAAAUAAAAUAAAAAAUUAAAAAAAGUCACAUCCUACUAUACUGUUUUUUCUGGGUUUUUACUCUAGUGCAAUUUGAAACCAAGUAUUUAUUCUUCAUCUCCAUUGAGGUUGAUAUUGUACAUGGAUUUUUGGCAGAAAUAAUUUGUGUGAGACAAAAGGAAAUACUUUUGACAGGAAAAAUCUUAGGGAUACAGCCUUUUAAUACAGUGAUGGACACUGUCCCACCAGUACUUAGCUGGUUAAGUUGGGGGUUUAUCCAUAUUUAUUCCAUUUCAGAGAUUAUGUUGACUGGCAUUUUACUUGUAGAUUUUUGGGUAAAGGAGGGAUCAGCAUUAUUUAUCAGAGGAUUUUCUGGGAAUGUAAAUCAUUGUAUAUAUUUGCAAACCAGAACUACCGAAGAGAUGGUUUUGAGUGUAAUCACUUUUUUUCUUUUUUGCAUGAGUAUUUUCAUAUCUUCAAGAAAUAUUCUGCUCUUGUAGGGGGGACAAACUUUCCUUGAACCUCACCACACACUUAUAUUGUAUGUGACAUUAAUGCACCCUUAUAACAGAUCGUCUUCUGCUUUUAUUGUGUUUUCUUCCAGCAUCAAACUUGUAUUUCCCCUGAAACUUAAUUGUUCCAGCCUUUUCUUGGUUUUGCCACCAGGUGGGGUUCUGGCUCCUUCUUAAGGCAAGGGCCGCAUAUCUAGAGGCCAGUUUUCUCAUGGAGGUGAUUGUCUUGAUCCCCUCAUUCUAAAGUGACCCCAGGAGAAACCAUUGAGCUCACCUGGGAGUGGGUGGGGGAAGCAGGUGGGGCACGUGUGAGGUCUCUGGGGGUCUCCAGGUUUUUCAUGCCUGAUCUUGUGCUUAUGUGCUAACGUCUUCUGUUGCACCGGUUUUGAGAAACUUGAUUUUACCAGCAAUACCUAUAUAAAUCUGUUUGGCAGGAAAUGAAUCCAGUGUUCCUUGGAAUAUUUGGUCCGAUGUUAUGUCUUAGAAGAAACAAUAGAAUUAGAGAAUCUUGACCGUGAAAUAGAUCUUUUUUUUUUUUUUUAAAUCAAGGUGAAGAUGUGAAGUAAGCCAUUACAACUGACACUGUUCUUGGAGUUGAAAACUAGGGGUAAACUAUGUAUACGGUACUGUGAACACGUCGUGUUAAAAAGCAGAGGGUGGAUUUUCAUUAUUUCUUCAGCAAUAUACUGGAACUUUAUGGACUGUUUGGAGAUAGAAAUGCCUUUAGGAAAUUAUCAAUUGUACUUUUCUAGAAUGAGAAAUGAGUUCACAUUUCUUCAUUUGAAACCAUAGCGAGUCCUAUUCAGUUCCAUUUUAAACUGUAAAGAACUAUAAUACGACCAAAAAAUCUUUUAUCUUGUAAACAUAACCUAAAUAUAGAUGGUAAAACUGAAUUAUGAGUGAUUUUCAGAUUUACAGACACCAAGAGGGAGUCAUAAGUUAGAAUGAUCCUCAGAGGGUAGCUACAUUUGAGGCGAGCGUAGCAUAAUAUACAGAAAUACUGAAUCACUCACUGUGCUGGUCACCUCAAACUCAUGUGACAUUGUAUGUUAACUAUACUAAAAAAUUAGAAGGUUUUUUUUAACACAUACUCCUCUCGAACAUAAGUUGAUUUUUAGACUUUAGUGAUUAAUGAGAUAUUAGGCUUAUUUAACGCUACCCCUCAAAAUUUGAGAACGGUAUGUAACUUUGAUGCUCAGCAAUGGUCCCUUCAUGUGUCCCUCUUAUGCAAAGUGAAAUUGCAGUGCUGUAUGUUACACUGUCACCACCAUUGAACUUCAUCUCAUGACCCUAAUGGGGAGCGGAUCGCAUUCCUCCUGUUUAAAAUGAAUGAGUCACUUUACUACAGCGUCUGAGAGAGAAGGGAGUAAGGGUUCUCUUUAAGUUUGUGUGUUAUGGUUUUCUUAGGCAGCAAGUUCAAAAUUGAAGCCUGAAGUCUUUGCUCAUGGUGUACGUGGUUUUUAUUUCUCACAGCUGCCCAGUGUCUAUUUAACAUAUGGGGAGUGGUUUCAAGUUCAUUACUAAAGCUUAUAGGCUAAAGUGCUUUGUGGGCUUGGCUAUGACUUAAGUUGCCAAGUUCCGAACAAACUGCUUUCCUUGUGUUUGUGGAUUCCCUGGGUAGUCCGAGUCCUCCCCUCCGGGUUGGAUCAGCUGCUUUGGAGAUUAGUUUCAUAGUAAAGAUUCUUUCUUUAAAGCAGUAUGGAGGGACUGCUUUCACAGGGGCACCAGCCCCUUUGCUCUUACCCUGUCUGAAGCCAACAUGUCACUGAAAAAUGAGCCACGAGUAAAUACCUCUGCACUGCAGAAAAUCGCUGCUGACAUGAGUAAUUUGAUAGAAAAUCUGGACACACGGGAGCUGCACUUUGAGGGAGAAGAGGUGGAUUAUGAUGUGUCUCCCAGCGAUCCCAAGAUACAGGAAGUGUGUAUUCCUUUCUCUGCUAUUUAUAAGACUCAAGGAUUUAAGGAGCCUAAUAUACAGACGUAUCUCACCGGCUGUCCAAUAAAAGCCCAAGUUCUGGAAGUGGAGCGCUUUACAUCUACAACAAGGGUACCAAGUAUCAAUCUUUACACUAUUGAAUUAACACAUGGGGAAUUUAAAUGGCAAGUUAAGAGGAAAUUCAAACACUUUCAAGAAUUUCAUAGAGAGCUGCUCAAGUACAAAGCUUUUAUCCGAAUCCCCAUUCCCACCAGAAGGCACACGUUUAGAAGACAGAAUGUCAAAGAAGAGCCUCGAGAGAUGCCAAGUUUGCCCCGUUCAUCUGAAAACAUGAUCAGAGAAGAACAAUUCUUCGGUAGAAGGAAACAACUGGAAGAUUAUUUGACAAAGCUACUGAAAAUGCCCAUGUAUAGAAACUACCAUGCAACAACAGAAUUCCUUGACAUAAGCCAGCUGUCUUUCAUCCAUGAUUUGGGACCAAAGGGCAUAGAAGGUAUGAUAAUGAAGAGAUCCGGGGGACACAGAAUACCAGGCUUAAAUUGCUGUGGUCAGGGAAGAGCCUGCUACCGCUGGUCAAAAAGGUGGUUGAUAGUGAAAGAUUCCUUCUUACUAUAUAUGAAACCAGACAGUGGUGCCAUUGCCUUCGUCCUGCUGGUAGAUAAAGAAUUCAAAAUCAAGGUGGGGAAGAAGGAGACAGAGACAAAAUACGGGCUCCGAAUUGAUAAUCUUUCAAGGACUCUUAUUUUAAAAUGCAACAGCUAUAGACAUGCUCGGUGGUGGGGAGGGGCUAUAGAAGAAUUCAUCCAGAAAUAUGGUACCAACUUUCUCAAAGACCAUCGAUUCGGGUCCUAUGCUGCUAUCCAAGAGAAUACAUUAGCCAAAUGGUACGUUAAUGCCAAAGGAUAUUUUGAAGAUGUGGCAAAUGCAAUGGAAGAGGCACAAGAAGAGAUUUUUAUCACGGAUUGGUGGCUGAGUCCAGAAAUCUUCCUGAAACGCCCGGUGGUUGAAGGAAAUCGUUGGAGGUUGGACUGCAUUCUUAAACGAAAAGCACAAGAGGGGGUGAGAAUCUUCAUAAUGCUCUACAAAGAGGUGGAACUCGCUCUUGGAAUCAACAGUGAAUACAGCAAGAGGACUUUAAUGCGUCUACACCCCAACAUAAAGGUGAUGAGGCACCCAGAUCAUGUAUCAUCCAGCGUGUAUCUGUGGGCUCAUCAUGAGAAAAUUGUUGUCAUCGACCAGUCAGUGGCUUUUGUGGGUGGGAUCGACCUGGCCUAUGGAAGGUGGGAUGACAAUGAACACAGACUCACGGACGUGGGCAGCGUGAAGCGUGUCACUGUAGGACCAUCUCUGAGUUCCUUCACAGCUGAAACAACAGAGUCCAUGGAAUCCUUAAGCCUUCAAGAUAAAAACAAAGCUAGUAACAAUCUGCCCACCCUGAGGAGCGUUGAUGAUAUGGAUUCAAAACUGAAAGGAGUAGGAAAAUCCAGAAAGUUCUCGAAAUUUAGCCUCUACAGACACCUCCACAGGCACCACCUGCACGAUGCAGACAGCAUCAGCAGCAUUGACAGUGCCUCCAACACCAGCUCCCUCCGCAGUUUACAGACAGGCAUGGGAGAGCUCCAUGGGGAAACCAGGUUCUGGCAUGGAAAGGACUACUGCAAUUUUGUCUUCAAAGACUGGGUUCAACUUGAUAAACCUUUUGCUGAUUUCAUUGACAGGCACUCCACUCCCCGGAUGCCAUGGCAUGACAUUGCCUCUGCAGUUCACGGGAAGGCAGCUCGUGACGUAGCACGUCACUUCAUCCAGCGCUGGAACUUCACUAAGAUAAUGAAAUCAAAGUAUCGGUCCCUUUCGUAUCCUUUUCUGCUUCCAAAAUCUCAAACAACAGCCCAUGAGCUGAAAUAUCAAGUGCCUGGGUCGGUCCAUGCCAAUGUACAGUUGCUCCGCUCUGCUGCUGAUUGGUCGGCUGGUAUAAAGUACCAUGAAGAGUCCAUCCAUACUGCUUAUAUCCAUGUGAUAGAGAACAGCAAGCACUAUAUCUACAUAGAGAACCAGUUUUUCAUAAGUUGUGCUGAUGACAAAGUUGUGUUCAACAAGAUAGGUGAUGCCAUUGCUCAGAGGAUCCUGAAAGCUCACAGGGAAAACCAGAGAUACCGGGUGUAUGUUGUGAUACCGCUGCUGCCAGGAUUUGAAGGAGACAUUUCAACGGGUGGAGGAAAUGCUCUGCAGGCAAUAAUGCACUUCAACUACAGAACCAUGUGCAGAGGAGAAAAUUCCAUCCUUGGGCAGUUAAAAGCAAAGCUUGGCAAUCAGUGGAUAAAUUACAUAUCAUUCUGUGGCCUUAGAACGCAUGCAGAGCUUGAAGGAAACCUAGUCACUGAGCUCAUCUAUGUCCACAGCAAGUUGCUAAUUGCUGAUGACAACACUGUUAUUAUUGGCUCUGCCAACAUAAACGACCGAAGCAUGCUGGGGAAGCGUGACAGUGAAAUGGCUGUCAUUGUACAGGACACAGAGACAGUCCCUUCAGUAAUGGAUGGGGAAGAAUACCAAGCUGGCCGGUUCGCCCAAGGACUUCGGCUGCAGAGCUUCAGGGUUGUCCUUGGCUAUCUUUCUGACCCAAGCGAAAACAUUCAGGAUCCAGUGAGUGACAAAUUCUUCAAGGAGGUAUGGGUUGCAACGGCAGCUCGAAAUGCUACAAUUUAUGAUAAGGUGUUCCGGUGCCUUCCCAAUGAUGAAGUACACAAUUUAAUUCAAUUGAGAGACUUUAUUAGCAAGCCCAUAUUAGCAAAGGAGGAUCCCAUUAGAGCCGAGGAAGAACUGAAAAAGAUCCGUGGGUUCUUGGUGCAAUUCCCCUUUUAUUUCUUGUCUGAAGAAAGCCUACUGCCUUCCGUUGGAACCAAAGAAGCCAUAGUGCCCACAGAGGUUUGGACUUAAGGGUUCUAUUCAUUUGCAGCUCAAGGACUCCCACCUUGAAAGGUACACUGCACACACAGUGACUUUCUGGAGACCCUCACAGCCAAAGCCAGCCCCGAUGCACUAUUGUAUCCAACCUACAGACCCUUUGGAUUGGCUGGGCAGGGCUGUGGUCCUACUGAUAGAAGGAUACUGAACAUCAGGUGGGCUUUAUAAUUCCUCGUGCUUAUCCUUGUAAAAAGGGACUGCAUUCUUAAUGGUAACGUAUGCUCAACAACUUAAACACAUACUCAAAUUCCAUGAUGUACACCAAAAUGCAUUUCCUUUACUAACAAGAAUUUACCUGUACCUGUGAUCCAGGUAGGCAAAAAUUGUCUAAACCUUUUUGUUCUCCUCUGACCUUCAUUUAUGCAGCUGGUGACUGCUGGACCUGCCCUCAUUUCAUAGUGCAUACAGACACCGUUUGAGACAUCGUUUAAUAAUAGGAGAUGUUGUGAGGCUGCUUCCAGGUUCUUCAAGGUUACUUGAGAUACCCCUGCCCAUCUGAUCCUGAAGUCAUAGUGUUUACCCACCCAAGAUGUGGGCCUUAUUCCUUUUCAGUGGCUGAAGGCACAGGGCAGAUGCUAUGUACAUAGCAGCCCAUGUUAGGCACUUCUGAUAACAUUGACACUAUAGAUCUUAACACCGCAGAGGAAUAGGAAGGAAUUAAAUUUGGUUAUUGAGGCAGAGAUUUCACUUUGCCUCCAAAGGCAGUGACAAGAUAUGUUCUUUUGAUAGGGCCCACCUGAUCAAAUUUGAAAACAUAUGUAGGAUAUUUCAUUACACAGCAACUGAUAAAACUCAGAGCAUGCAGCCUUCAGAAACCUCCAAGGUGUCAGCAGGGAUCUGAUUCAGACAAGAAGAGGAGAUUUCUUAUAGUCCUGGAAAAUGUCCUAUCAUCCUUGGCUGCUGGAUUGAUUGAAAUUUGAGUUUCUGCAUUUGAAAAUCAGACCAGUGAAUGCAUUUUGUCUUUCAAGAGAAUCAGAGGCUUCAUAACUCCUACCACAUUAAUAAGUUAGGAGCCUAACCUUAGUUGACAUUCAGCUCUCCAGCUAUGUUAUCUUCUUUAAGAAAAAUUAAUUGAUUGCAAAAUAUGUGCUACUUAACUUGCAUUAUUCAAUAUACAUUAACAUUCCACCAGGCUUCUAAAGAGGUUAGGAUCUUUAUUAAUUCACAUCGUUCUGGUCUAUGAAUUGUUCUGGAAACCCGUUUUUCCUUUUUGAAUUCUAGCAUACCCUUUGGUACACCAUAGCUCUAAUUUUACAAGGCAGAACUAUUCUUCUAGCCUAAAGAGUUGAUGUAGGUUCCCAAAAGGCCUGUGCUCAUAAAACAUGGUGUGGGGGCAUUGAUCACACACGUAUGGAUUACCUGGGCAGAACCUCAUUUGAGCCAUUCUUCAAAGAGGCAAGGACCCAAUCCAUUUUCGUGGAGCUAAUAGGCCAAUGGAAAAGGUUAAACAGGAGCACAAAGUCAAUAAUCUGGGUGGGUAGGAGAGAGUGUCACACUCACAAAAGGAUUUCACAGCCAGAGAACAUUUCAGACUAAUGAGGUAGAACUGUGUUUUAUGAAUAAAUAGUUUCUCAGAUAGCUGAAGAUGGUGAAAAAUGACUUCAUUCUAUAGCAGCUGUACAUAAGACAUUUGCUAUUUAUGGAGUUUAGAUUGGCAUUGAAAGUGCUGAGUGUAUAUGGAAUACCUAAGGAUGUCUUAUAGUUUACUUUUAAAUAUUUUGUAAACUGUAGAACAGUCAACAUGCUGGCUUUUGAUUUUGUGCAAGAUGCUCCUUUAACACCAUGAAAAAUAAAAGCCUAAAAGCACCCCUUCUCUUUUAAAAAAAAUCACAUAAGCCAACCUCUCCCCAUUUUAUAGAUGAGGAAACUGAGGCCCAGAUUGUUUGAAGGAUUCACUUGAGUUUCACUCAACUGAGAGAUGGUGGAGGCAGGACUAAUGAAAUUGCUGUGGUUCAUUACUGGCCUCUCCCUUGACUUCAACAUUGUCCAAAUGCAAGGAGAUGCGGUAAACAGAUUUCAGGCAGGAUAUGUCGUGUGAUGUACUCAUGUGCUCAUCUGUCUCCCCCUGCUUGAAUGUAAGCUCCACGGGGCAGGGACUUUGCUGUGUUUUGUUCCUAGUGUAUCUGCUGAGCUGAAACAGUACCUGGCACAUAGGAGGGGCUUAGUAACUCUUUGUUAGGUGAAUCAAUGAAGUCGAGGGGAGAGCUAAUGAAAUGACAGAUUUGUGGAGUCUCAGACAAGAAAUCUUACCGUUGGUUUCAGUGGCAAGUUUUCUUUCCCCUGAAUCUCCUCAAAGGCAAGAUGUUUAUCUGCAAAGAUGGGAGGCUACCGGCUUUACUUGGAGGAUCUUGUGGAACAUUCCACGCAAUAGUUGCCUAUUUGCAAUAGCAGCUUACAUAGCGCAGCAUUCUGCAGAAGUCACAUGAGAUGUGGACACAAGGUAUACUGCACGGCCUAAUUACCCAUCAUCCCGACACCGCUACUACCUAAUAGAAGUUCAAAUACUUUAACAUUGCAAUACUAGUAUCAACUUUAAAUUGCAAAGGAUUCAAAGCCUUGCAAAAGGCUCAACAUUUUAUGAAUCUGCUCAACAUUUUAAAUUGACUGUAAUCCUCUGAAGCACCUAUAAAUGCUGUACCCAAUACUCUGAUCAUCUCUGUAAUAAUUUUUGUUUUCAAGAAGGAAAAAAAUCCUCUGAUCAUAUGAAACGAAUGGUAGAAAGUAGGGUAGCUAGCAAAGCUAUUCAGGUUAUCCAAGCUUAGUUGUUGGAGGAUACUCAACAUAGCAGGUCUGAUGCAGGCAUUUGCUCUGUAUUAAGUGUCCACUCAGUGAUUCACCCUUCCUUGGAAUGUUCUUAACUCUCAGCUCUGAUGCAUCAUGCAGAGGCUUGGAGAGGUGGCCAUUAGAUAAUUGAGGGACACAUUGUAAUACAAAAUAAUGGUUUUAUUUUACUAACACCUUUGGAAGAAAAUUUCAUCUGUAGGUAGUCAAAAACAUGAAGAGUUAAUCUCUUAUGUAAUAACUCGAGCAAUUGUAAUAUAUCAUGAACGAACAGUCUCCCAGAGGAAACCGGCAAGCUGAGAAGCCUUUCUGCAGAUUAAGACCAUCUGCGAACAAAUUUGUGUAGACUUGAAGAACCUACACUUCUUUCCGCUUCUCCUGACUCCUUCUUCCUUCAGCCUCUGGCCCCAUGCAGAGCACCUCCUUAUUAUGUAAAACGUUUUAGAGGACAAGGAAAGGGUUUCCGGAAAAAAAAAAAAAUUAGGCCUCCACAACGAAUCUUCAGUUUAACUUCUACUUUUAAGUGACUGACAAAAUAUUAUUUUUUUAACAGAGGUAAUCGUUCUUUUUAACAUCCCCAAUCUGAUGUGGCACUUGAGCCUUUUCUGAUGUCUGUCACCCUCUGUAGCAGGGGUAAAGAGGAUCCUUCACAUCUUUUCAUCCCUCUCUACUCUCUCUUGUAUAAAACGAGCAAAUGCUAAAGGACUUUAAGUGUGCUUAGGAAUAUAUUUUUUAUUUCCUUGCAAGAUCCUCUGAGACCAGUUACUACUGGCAGCUUGGAAAUUUAAAAUGGAUGAGUGUUGAGAAAUUCUUGAAUCUAGAAAUUCACUGGAAAAGGAAUUCAUCAACAUCUCUCAAAAAGUUGCAGGUGAAAAGUCAGGGAAUUUACAUUAUUUUUAGGGGGGUGGGAAGAUACCAUAAAAUGAUUCCUAAUGGCAUUCAAUUCAUACGUGAGAUAGUACAGAUUCUGACUUGAGAUUGGAAGCAUUCAUGAAAGGAGCCAAACGUUUUAUCGCUUAAUUUCUUACAGGUUAUUUUUUUUUCCCUAAUACUAUUUUUAAUUUUUAACUUAAAAAAAGUAAUCAAACACAAGAUAAAUGAAAAUUUGUCAUGCUGAUCAUUUGGAAGGUGUAAAGUCAGAGACUAGGAUGGCAAUUCAACCAAAAUCCAGGCUUAGUUACUCUUUCCUAUCCCCAAGCAACUAUAAUUGCUCACUUUAUUCUAGAUAAAUGCACAUAAGUGAAUGUCACCCUAAUUCUGCUCCCCACUAGGGAAUAGAACAUCAUGCCCUCCUAAUGUAUAUCUACUUGGAUCCUUCACACAAAAUAGUCUGGGCCAAAGGUACAGAUCUCCUAAACUGUUGUAAAACCUCAUAACAAAGUAUUGCAGUUGGAGCACAUGUUACUGACACAGAAAACAUACUUGGCGAUGAACAUCCAUUCAGAACAUUUAGAUAUUCUGGACAGAACUCAGGCUCCGAGCCUCACCUCUACUGCAGCACUUGGCAAACCAAGCGGGGCCUUCUGUUUUUGUAAGUAAAGCCCUAUUUGAACACAGCCAUGUCCAUUCAUUUACAUGCAUUCAUGACCAAAUGAUCCACAAAUCUUAAAAUAUUCACCAUCUUUAAGAAGAGCCUACUGAUCCUUCCUCCAGAGAGAGCAGAGAAUGUCCAGACAGAGUACCUCAACCAAGCAGAUUUGGAUGAGUUUUAACCUCUUCCAUAAGAAGGUUUUCAAGUCUCCCUAUCCCAGAGCCCAACAUAUGACAAUGGAUUUAUUCUAAGAACAAGGUCAAGUCCUUCCAGGAAUAAAAUCACAUGGUUUUUGGUUCUGGAAAGAGAUGUUGUCAGCUAAAGCAGGCCUCUCCCAGCUGAGGACUUAUACAUGGGUGACAAUGUUUGUAACUCAAGUGUUCAAAAAAAAAAAAAAAAGACGAUGGAUAGGCUGAAGGAUUUGUAUUGAAUGAGAACUGUGAACUCAGGAGACUCAAUUUCCCCUGAAUUUUCCAUCUGUUAAACAUUGGAAAUGAUACAUGUAUCCAUUCCCUGCCUCACAAUCAAUGCUCUCUACGCCUGGUCCCUUAACUGCUUUUUUAAAAAUGUAAAUACUCAUUAAUUAAAUAAUUAAAAGUGUGAAAUCAGCAGUGUCCCUUCAUUUGCAAACCAGAUUCCUCAUUCUGCAUGGAGGUUUUUGUCUCAAGUCUGAGCUUGAGACAGAAAUGUGUGUCUGUGGAGUCCUACCCCACACAACAGUCAUGGGUCCCCAUGAAGGUGAGCCUCAGAGUCUUAGCAUCCUCUGCAACUCCCAGGCCUCUGUCACCUAUGAGGUAUGAUGAUGUAGUGAUGUGGCGAAUUUCUUUUAAAAGACCAAGACAGGGGUGCCUGUGUGGCUCAGGUCACGAUCUCACGGUUUAUAGGUUCAAGCCCUACAUGAGGUUCUGUGCUAGUAGCUCGGAGCCUGGAGCUUGCUUUGCAUUCUGUGUCUCCCUCCCUCUCUCUCUGCCCACCCCCCUGCUCUCUCUCUCUCUCUCUCUCAAAAAUAAACAUUAAAAAAAUUUUUUUAAUUAAAAAAUAAAAGACCAAGCCAGCUUCUAAUAAGCACAUAUUUGAGCAAAGCCAGUGGGAGUGCUGGGGUACAUCAGUGAACAGACCAGGUGGCCCUUGAUGGUGCCCACGUUCUAGUGAGUUGGGAGUGCCCAACAACUGUCUUGGCCGGGGCCUCUUCUAAACACUUUACAUGUUUUAGCUUAUUCUGUAGCUUUGUAGUUCCAUAUUCAGGAUGUCGUCAUGGCCCUAAGACUGCCUUUCCCCCCAAUUCAAGACUCUGGAGGCUUACAUACAACUCCCAUGUGCAUGAGGUAUAGGUGUGGGACUGAAGCAAACACCAGUGGGGAAAAGCAUGGGCUUCAGCAUUCAAGAGCUCACCCCAAAGCUCUACCCUGCCACUUGCCAGCAGUGGGACUCUGCGAGCAAAUCAUCCUCUCUGAAGUCUUCAAAUGCAGUAAUAAGGACUCAGCCAGGGAGGCCAAGGAGUUACCUGGGUAAAAGCACAAUGCCCCUCACACAGUAGGUAUUUUUGCUCAAGCUGCAGCAGAUGCCUUUCAUCCACUUUCUGAAAGUUGAGACAGGCCAUCUUGAAUGGAGAGGACAACACACCCCAUGCCCACCCAUAGUCUGAAUUUCUUUCACACUUCCAGAAGGCAAGAAAAUGAUAGUAACUUCUAGAUCAUUUUAUAAUGUAUAAAAAUGUUGAAUCACUAUGUUGUAUAUCUGAAAGUAAUAGGAUAUAAUAUGCCAACUAUACUUCAAUUUGAAAAAAUAACUAAGAGCCUAAAUGUCCAUCAACUGAUGAAUGGAUAAAGAAGAUGUGGUUUAUAUAAUACAGUGGAAUACUAUUUGGCCAUGAGAAAAAAUGAAAUUCUGCUAUUUGCAGCAACAUGGAUGGAACUGGAGGCUAUUAUGCUAAGUGAAAUAAAUCAUUUAGAGAAAAACAUGUAUGUUUUCACUCAUAUGUGGAACUUGAGAAACUUAAUAGAAGACCUGGGGUCUUCUAUAGUUUCAGAGAGGGAGGUAGGCAAACCACAAGAGACUCUUAAAUACAGAGAACAAACUGAGGGUUGAUGGGGGCGGGGGAGAGAGAGGAAAAUGGGUGAUGGACAUUGAGGAGGGUACUUGUUGGGAUGAGCACUGGGUGUUGUAUGUAAGUGAUGAAUCAUGGAAUUUACCCCCAAAACCAAGAGCACACUGUAUACACCGUAUGUUAGCCAACUUUACAAUAAAUUAUAUUUUAAAAAAUUAAAAAUAGAUAAAUAAACCCAGAAAAAAAUAAAAUAGAUAAAUAAAAAUAAUACUAAUUUCUAAGUGGAAGUUCUAAGCUGGAGGGAGGGCAGAGAGAGGUGUCUAAGGGGAGGAAAUAAUGGGUGGCUUUCUCCAAAUUCCUAUCAUGCUUGCAUUGUUGGUCUUCUACAUGGCAGAAAUAAACCAGAAGUUACUAACUGAUGCCCUACAGGCCAAAGAGAGAGUGUAGAUUUCUUAAAUCUGUUUCCACUUUUAUUUGGAGAAUGAUGGUCUUUCCUAUUCUAAAUCUUGCUAUAAUCCAAGGCAGAGGUUAUAAACUUAAGGCUCACAGGCUACAUCAAGCUCAUGGGCAUAUUUAUUUGGACCACAUAAUGUUGUUUAAGAUUGUGAGUUGCUAUGUAUAAAAAUUGAGAGAUUUCACAGAACAUUUUAGGUUUCUGACUUUCAUGCAAAAUCAGAAUAUCUAGGAACAGUGGGCCACAUGGCAUCCAAUCUUGUUGGUGCCAAACAGCUGUCCCCUUCAGACGAGGCAUGUGCUGUCUAGGUCCCCAUUGUCCCCACCAUUCCCUAUUGUUAAACCAGGGCUGGGCUUAUGAUUUGCUUUGACCAAUAGAACAUGGCAGCAGUGACACUGUGCAACAUUCAAGCCUAUGCCCCAGGAAGCCUAUAGCUUCCACCCUUAUCCUUCUAAAAUGCUGUCACCAAGUGAGGAGAGACCAAGCCAAGAGAGAGGACCAGAUUACAGCCAGCACCAACUACCUGACAGGGGGGUGAGGCCAGGCUAGAUCACCCCGACCCAGUCAAACCACCAAGGAUACAAGCAGAACUACUCAGCCGAGCCCAGCCAAAAUGGCUGACCCACAGAAUUAUAAGCAAGUAAAACAGUCACUGUCAUAAGCCCCUAAGUUUUGGGAUAGUUUGUGACCCAGCAAUAGACAAUUGAUAGCCAAGCUUCUUCGGGGUAUUCUGUUUUUCCUUUUUCACAUUGUAGUUGCUCUACGACCUACUGCCAUCUGGUUUCCAGCCCCUCUACCUAAAGUGACCUACUUAUGGUUCUUUUACACUUUUUAUUACGAUAUAACAUACCUACACAAAGUGCCUAUGUGAUAAAUAGGCAGCUUGAUGUUUCUUCACGAACUUAACGUACACAGCUCAGCAGCACCCAAAUCAAGAAAGGGAAGGGCCCUUCUGCCUGUUCUGCCUGUCACCACCAAUUCCUGGACUUCUCGAACCAUAGAUUAGUUUUGCCUUUUUUCGUAUCUCACUGGUCUUUUUUGACAAAGACACAUUCUGUCUUUAUCUCACUAGGCCUCUCUGAAGCUUUCCUUGGCUUCCAGGUGACUGGUCACUCUUUAAAAUCACUAUGGCUCCCCUUUCUCCAUUUCGCAUCUCCAGUUUAAUGCUCCUAAGUCUUCUGAUUGUACACAAUGCUCAGGUGAUCCCACCAACUCCUGCAGCUUCCCUGGCACCUGUGUGCUCACCUGUAGCCCAGUUUACUUAGAACUCACUCUCAAGAGUGGGUAAAGCAAACAGGGACGGGCAAAGCCAAUCAAGAGUGGAUUAAAGAGGGAGUAACCACUGAAGGCAGCAGGGCCUGAUCCUGCUGGAACCCCUGAAGGCUGGGGAGGCUGGGGUUCUUAUCCACAAGCUUCCACUUCUCAUUGGUCGAAUGUUUACCCGGGUGGUGCCCCAAACCCGGUGUUUCUGGAGCUUCCCUGCAGACAGGUUCAGCAAGCUGCUGUGGGUCAGAGAGCCAGUGGAGAAGCAGCAAGAAUCCCAUGGAGCAGAGCUGCAGCAUGAGGAAGUCCUCAGAGACAGGCUGAGGACUUUUAGAGUGGGGCAUCAACCGCGCCCCUCGCAUGGGCCUCUGCGUUUUUGUGAUGUAGUCAUUUCAUUCCUUUUUUUUAGAAGCAUGUAACUUCCCUGAAGGCAGGGAUCAUCUGACUUUUUUCAUGCUCUUUAAUCACCAUGCAAAGCACAUUAUUCAGAUUAUGUGAAAAGUGGAUUGAAAAGUUGCAGUAUCUACCUUCUUCCCCCGAGUCUAAGGGUGCUUAUGAUACAUGGGAUGCCUUGGGCCAAUCCAGAAAGCACCAAGGAGGACCCAGAGGAAUGAGUUGGUUUUAUGUGCUGUGGUAAGAUCUGGAUUUCUAAAUUUUUCUUUAGUAUUUGUUAAGUCUCAUUAAAAAAAAAAUGUAGUUAAAGCUAUCAUAAGGGAACUUUUAAACAUGAGGUCAAAAUCUCAUUUGAAAGAUCAUGGAAAAUUAAAAUUCAAUAGUUUUCCCCAUGAUAUUUGACUAUUCACUUGCUGGAUGGUAGCUUAAAGGACUAGUUAAGAAUUACACCAGAUAACUCAGUAGGCAAACACUUGGUAAUUUGUGAAAAACAACAGAAGGAGUCCUUUUUAAGUGUCUUUAAAACACACACACACACACACACACACACACACACAUUUCUGGAGCCUCGUUUUCAUAACCCUUCUUAAAAUACUUACAUGACAAUGCACUCCCCUAGAUAAAGACACAGGAACCCCAAAGUGAAGUGAAAAUCAGGAAGUUCUUGAUUGGCAGUUUAUAUCAUCUUCCCUUCACCUGGCGACUUACCUGCUUUUUUGCCUAGAACCCAGCUCUAUCACAGACUCUUUUUUGUUUCAAAACUUGUCUGAGGGGUCCCUGGAUACAACUCUUCUUUUUCUGUCACUGUUUCAAUGCCCUCUCUUUUUAAGGUCUGUGUUUUGGGAGCGGGGGGGAGCUCAGAGGCGCCAUAGUAGGAAAACCCUAGGCUUCUCUCAUCCCAUGAACACAACUAGAUAACUAUCCAAUCAUUCUGAAUAUCCCAGAAAUCACCCCGAAGACUGGCAGAACAAACUCCACAAUGAAAGAGAGAGAAGAAACCGCAUCAAGGAAGGUAGGAAGUAUGGAGACAUGGUUUGGGGGAGAAAGAGAUUGAGGGUGUUGUAGAGGGGAGGCAGCCAUGGUCGCAGAGAAAGGCAAGAGAGGGACACCCAGGGGAAUGCACAAGGAGAACAUUUCCCCAAAGCCAUUGUCUGGGAAAAUGGAUUUGGGGGAGUUCUUGAAACAGAUGGUGCUCCAAGACUGGAGUUCUAGAGGUCAGGGACUAGGUCGGGUUAGAACCUUGAGGGCGCUGCACUGCACCUGGGAGAAGGCAGGCAAACACCCCCAGGGCAGGCAAUGUGGAAACACAUUGGGCAUACAAUGGAGAGGUUACUGGCUCUUCUCACAGUGUAUCCAUGGGAGGUUGUGUUCAUAGAGGCACCUCUCUGGGGACAAAGAAGCCGGCGGUGUCAUUUCCCUCCCCUCCACCCUCAGCGUAGGCGCAGAGCCAUCUGCAGAGGGCAGCUGGGACUGACACUGGCUGCCUAGCCUCCUUGUUCCAAAUCCCACAUCCCUGUGCUCUGGCAUGACUGCCCUUCUCUUUCAAACCCGCAUCCAUCCCAGUGUGGCAAGAUGCUCCCCCGGAAGACCAGCGCAGGUCCCUGCCACACCAUGUCCCUAAAGCCUGGAGCUUUAAAAGUCAGCGGCCUGGCUGGGGUAGAGCCCCAAGGCACAGCACUGCUCCUGGAAAGAAGGCAGGCAAAAAAUCCGGAGGCAGACCUCAUGGAAACAGCAAUCUGAAAAACACCUGGGAUACAAAGGAAGGAGAUUAUUCGCUCUUUUUGGAGUGCUUCUCUGAGAGCAGCAAGGAUGGAGACCCCGAUCUAGGGACAAAGGAGCUAGCUGGAGCCAUUUCCCUCCCCUGCUCCUCAGCAAAAGCACAGAACCACCUGUGGUAAGCAGCGCAGUGCCGACACUGGCUGCCUAACCUGCUUGUACCAAGUCCCACACCCUGUGCUCUGACGGGAUUGCCCUUCUUGGUCAUGCUGGCCUCAGUCCCAGCACAGUGGGUCUCUUCUCCGGAAGACCAGCAGAAACUCCUGGCCACACCACGUCUCCUGACCAGAGAUUUCUGCAAGGCUUUGUUUCUAGUAGAAGUAGUAUCAGGUCUCAUUUCACAAGCAGACCAGAGCACACCUAGUUAAAACUCACCACACUCUGGCCAAGGACCAAACAUGGCCCACAGCAGGCAAGGAGACUAGCAGAUGACUAGCCUGAAAGAGCAGCUAAAAUCACAGCAGCAGAGUGCAUGCAGCACACAUCAGAGACACUCCUUGAAGCACCAGGCCCUGGACACUAUAUGACCUCUUCUUCAUAAAGCCCUUACUCUCAGGAGCAGGAAACAUAACAGGCUUUUCUAACACAGAAGAAGACAGAGGUUAGACAAUUGCCAAUAUGGAGGAAUUCGUCCCAAAUGGGACAACAAGAUAAGGUCACAGCCAGAGAUCUAAGCCAAACAGAUCUAAGUAAUAUGCCUGAUGGAGAAUAUAAAGCAACAAUCAUAGGGAUACUUGCGCUUGAGAAAAGAAUGGAAGACUUCAAGACUUCCUUAGCACAGAGAUAAAGGAGUUAAAAACAAUCUGUCAGAAAUGAAAAAUGUAAUAACUAAGAUUUGAAACAGACUUGAUGCAAUGAACACAAGGAUGGAAGAAGUAGAGAAAUAAAUGAUAUGGGAGAUAAAAUAAUGAAAAAUAAUGAAGCUGAACAAAACAGAGAAAGAAGAAUUAUGGAACACAAGAAUAAGGGAACUCAGCAACUCUAUCAAACAUGAUAACAUUCUUAUCAUAGGAGUCCCAGAAGAAGAAGUGAGAGGGAAAGGGGCAGAAAAUUUGAGGAAAUUUCCUAAUCUGUGGAAGGAAACAGACAUCCAGACCCAGAAGGCACAGAGAACUCUCAUCAAAAUCAACAAAAGCAAAAAAAAAAUCAACAAAAUCCAGCCAACAACAAGACAUAUUAUAAUUAAAUUUGCAAAAUAUAGUAAUAAAGAAAAAAUCCUAAAAGCAGCAAGAUGAAAGAAGCCCCUAAUUUACAAGGGAAGACUCAAAAGGCAAACUGCAGAUCUGUCCACAGAAACAAGCCAGAAGAGAGUGGCAUGGUAUAUUCAACAUGCUGAAUGGGAAAAAUAUGCAGCCAAGAAUAUUCUAUCCAGGAAGGCUAUCAUUCAGAAUAGAAGAAGAGAGAGUUUCACAGACAAAAACUAAUGGUGAGUUCAUGACCACUAAAUAAGCCCUGCAAGAAAUAUUAAAGGAGACUCUUUGAGUGGAAAAGAAAGACCAAAAGUAACAAAGUCAAGAAUGGAAUAGAGAAAAUCUCCAGAAACAAUGACGAAACAAGUAAUAAAAUGGCACUAAAUACAUAUCAAUAAUUACUCUAAAUAUAAAUAGACUAAAUGUCAGCUGUGCUGACAGCUCAGAGCCUGGAGCCUGCUUCGGAUUCUGUGUCUCCCUCUCUGUCUCUACCCCUCCCCCACUUGUGCUCUGUCUCUCUCAAAAAUAAAUAAAAAUUUAAAAAAAAUUGAAAGGGAGGGAAUGGAGGAACAUUUAUCAUGUAAAUGGACUUCAAAAGAAAGAUGGAGUAAUAAUGCUUAUAUCAGACAAACUAUAUUUUAAACCAAAGACUAUAACAAGAGAUGAAAAA